GAGGCUCAGCCAGAGGAAUAAGUGGCCGAAGAAAACAGGAGCGGAGCAGAGCAGCCGGGCAGACGCGGCGAGCCUCUGACUGUUCCAAGCGCAGGGGGAGCGCCGGGUCCGGGGGGACCCCUGCCGGCCGCAGUAUGCGCCCCGCCUGCUAGGUCGCCUCCUCUAGCCCUCACCUAGCGCCGCCGAUCCCGCCUGGAUGGGGUGCCCCCCGGGUUCCCAUUGGCUCCUGUGAGUGCUUGGGUGUCGAGAGCCUGUUUUUGGCGAGGGGAACCAACUUUUGAAGUGCGCCCCGGAGACUGCGUUCCAGCCCCGGCUCUCCCAAGCCCGACCCCGCGGAGGCGCGACCCGGCGCGAGUCACCAUGGGAAGCAAAGGUGCCUACCGGUACCACUGGCAGAGCCACAAUGUCAAGCACAGUGGUGUAGAUGACAUGGUCCUACUUUCUAAGAUCACAGAGAACGCCAUCGUGGAGAAUCUAAAGAAGAGAUACAUGGACGACUAUAUUUUUACAUACAUAGGAUCGGUAUUAAUCUCAGUCAACCCUUUCAAGCAGAUGCCAUAUUUUGGGGAAAAGGAAAUUGAAAUGUACCAAGGAGCGGCACAGUAUGAGAACCCACCACAUAUCUAUGCUCUUGCAGAUAAUAUGUACAGAAACAUGAUCAUUGACAGAGAGAACCAGUGCGUCAUCAUCAGUGGUGAAAGUGGCGCUGGGAAGACAGUGGCUGCCAAAUACAUCAUGGGUUACAUCUCCAGGGUGUCUGGAGGAGGCCCCAAAGUCCAGCACGUCAAGGACAUCAUCCUGCAGUCCAACCCACUGCUGGAAGCCUUUGGGAAUGCCAAAACUGUCCGAAACAACAACUCCAGCAGAUUUGGAAAAUACUUUGAAAUCCAGUUCAGUCCAGGUGGGGAACCAGAUGGUGGAAAGAUCUCCAACUUCCUUCUAGAAAAAUCUCGGGUGGUCAUGAGGAAUCCUGGAGAGCGGAGUUUUCACAUAUUUUACCAGCUCAUCGAGGGCGCCUCUGCGGAGCAGAAGCACAGCCUUGGCAUCACCAGCAUGGACUAUUAUUACUACCUGAGCCUCUCCGGGUCCUACAAGGUAGAUGACAUCGAUGACAGACGGGACUUUCAGGAAACACUGCAUGCCAUGAAUGUUAUCGGGAUCUUUGCGGAAGAGCAAACCCUGGUGCUGCAGAUAGUGGCGGGAGUUCUCCACCUGGGAAACAUCAGCUUCAAAGAAGUCGGGAAUUAUGCGGCCGUGGAGAGUGAAGAGUUUUUGGCUUUUCCUGCCUAUCUCUUGGGGAUUAACCAGGACCGGUUGAAAGAAAAGCUUACCAGCCGGCAGAUGGAUAGCAAGUGGGGAGGCAAGUCAGAGUCCAUCCACGUGACCCUCAAUGUGGAGCAAGCCUGUUACACCAGGGACGCCCUCGCCAAGGCCCUGCAUGCCCGGGUCUUUGAUUUCUUGGUAGAUUCCAUCAACAAAGCAAUGGAGAAGGAUCAUGAAGAAUACAACAUCGGUGUCCUGGAUAUCUAUGGCUUUGAAAUAUUCCAGAAAAACGGCUUUGAACAGUUUUGCAUCAAUUUUGUUAAUGAAAAAUUACAGCAGAUUUUUAUUGAACUGACAUUAAAAGCAGAACAGGAAGAAUAUGUUCAAGAGGGAAUAAGAUGGACACCCAUUGAGUACUUCAAUAACAAAAUCGUGUGUGACCUCAUAGAGAAUAAAGUUAACCCUCCCGGGAUCAUGAGCAUCCUGGAUGACGUGUGUGCCACCAUGCACGCGGUUGGGGAGGGUGCAGACCAGACACUGCUCCAGAAACUUCAGAUGCAGAUCGGGAGUCAUGAACACUUCAACAGCUGGAACCAGGGCUUCAUUAUUCACCAUUACGCGGGGAAGGUAUCCUAUGACAUGGAUGGCUUUUGUGAAAGGAACCGUGAUGUGCUGUUCAUGGAUCUGAUUGAGCUUAUGCAGAGCAGUGAGCUACCUUUUAUAAAAUCUUUGUUUCCGGAAAAUCUGCAAGCUGACAAGAAAGGGCGCCCAACUACUGCCGGAAGCAAAAUAAAGAAACAAGCCAACGACCUGGUGAGCACCCUGAUGAAGUGUACACCUCACUACAUUCGCUGCAUAAAACCCAACGAGACCAAGAAGCCCCGGGACUGGGAGGAGAGCAGGGUAAAGCAUCAAGUAGAAUACCUGGGUCUGAAAGAAAACAUUCGUGUGAGAAGAGCUGGCUAUGCCUAUCGGCGCAUCUUUCAAAAAUUCCUGCAAAGGUAUGCCAUUCUGACCAAAGCCACUUGGCCCUCAUGGAGAGGAGAUGAGAAACAAGGUGUCCUCCACCUGCUGCAGUCCGUCAACAUGGACAGUGACCAGUUCCAGCUGGGAAGGAGCAAAGUGUUCAUCAAAGCCCCUGAGUCUCUGUUUCUUCUAGAAGAAAUGAGAGAGAGAAAGUAUGAUGGGUAUGCUCGAGUGAUACAGAAAUCAUGGAGGAAAUUUGUGGCCCGAAAGAAAUACGUCCAAAUGAGAGAAGAAGCCUCAGACCUCCUGUUGAACAAGAAGGAGAGAAGGAGAAACAGUAUUAACAGGAACUUCAUUGGGGAUUACAUUGGGAUGGAGGAGCACCCGGAACUCCAACAGUUUGUGGGAAAGAGGGAGAAGAUUGAUUUUGCAGACACAGUGACCAAGUACGACAGGAGGUUCAAGGGUGUAAAGCGAGACUUACUUCUUACUCCAAAGUGCUUAUACUUAAUCGGACGAGAAAAGGUCAAACAGGGCCCAGACAAAGGCCUGGUGAAAGAAGUUCUGAAGCGGAGAAUCGAGAUGGAGAGGAUCUUGUCUGUGUCCCUCAGUACCAUGCAGGAUGACAUUUUUAUUCUUCAUGAACAAGAGUACGACAGCUUGCUUGAAUCUGUCUUCAAAACCGAAUUCUUAAGCCUCUUAGCAAAGCAUUAUGAGGAAAGAACCCAGAAGCAACUACCUCUGAAAUUUAGCAAUACGCUUGAACUCAAGUUGAAAAAGGAGAACUGGGGUCCUUGGAGUGCAGGUGGCUCCCGGCAAGUGCAGUUCCACCAAGGCUUCGGCGACCUGGCCAUCCUCAAGCCCAGUAACAAGGUGCUGCAGGUCAGCAUCGGACCUGGGCUGCCCAAGAACUCCCGUCCUACCAGAAGGAAUACUAUUCAAAACAGAGGUUAUUCCAGUGGGAUUCAAAAUGCCAACUACCCACUGAGAGCUGCCCCUCCUCCCCCAGGAUACCAUCAAAAUGGCAUCAUCAAAAACCAGUUUGUGCCACAUCCCCAUGUUCCUGGAAACCUGAGGUCGAAUCAGAAAAACCUGUACACUCCCAUGGCCCGCCCACCCUUGCCACGGCAGCAGUCCACUGGCUCCGAUCGCUUGUCGCAGAUGCCGGAGAGCUUGGACUUCCUCAAGGUCCCCGACCAGGGUGCUGCAGGGGUCCGCAGACAAACAACUAGUCGACCUACCCCGGCGGGGGGCCGGCCCAAGCCCCAGCCCAAGCCCAAACCUCAGGUGCCACAGUGCAAGGCCCUGUACGCCUACGAUGCUCAGGACACAGAUGAACUCAGCUUCAAUGCCAAUGACAUUAUCGAUAUUAUCAAAGAAGAUCCUUCUGGCUGGUGGACGGGUCGACUGCGAGGCAAGCAGGGCCUGUUCCCCAACAACUACGUGACCAAGAUCUGAGGCACACAGGCACCAUGACACCCGAGGCGGAAGCGGCUCCAGGCGCAGAUGGGAAGGGGACAGCUGGGAACUCCUCUGGUGCCUAGCGAGCCGCCGCUUCUCCAGGGCCUGGAGCUAUUCUGGCACCUUCCCCUCAGAGGACAUCGAGCAGCUGGGCUGGGGACAGCGGAGUGUGACUCCGCAAAUGACCCCACGAGGUAACCUGUCCUAGGAGCCCAGGAGGGUAAAACCACCACCCGCUGAGAUUUAUUUAUUGUAUUUAAACCUGGUGAGAGGACAGGUGGGGUGCACAGGCACCCGGUCUGCUCUAUCCUAAUGGACCCCACCGCUCACCAGACCCCGGAACCGCUGCCAGCGGCCGCCGCUGACCAAGUGCCUUUAGUUGAAGAGCUCAUUUCUCUCCUCCCUCCUUCCCUGACCCGCCACACAUUCCUCUCUGCCUUCGCUCCGGGGGGCUCGGCCCUCCGCAGCGGGGCUCCCCAUGAGCGGGCGCUUCCCGUACAGACAUGGGGGCAGCCGGCCUGCUGCGCCCGCGGGU